UCUUCUAGUCUUCAACACAAUGAAGCUCUCUUCAAUAGUGGUUCUCUUGCUUUUUGUUCUUUUUCCCAUCUCAUCCGCCAUGGACAAAUACGACGAAAUGACCACCACCACCAACGAUGAAGCCAAUGACAUGUUCAUGUCAUGGCUCGUUAAACAUGGCAAAAUCUACGACACCGUUGAAGAGAAGGGGAAGAGAUUUCAGAUUUUUAAAGAUAACCUCGAGUACAUAGAACAACACAACUCUGGUGGUCAUUCUUAUAAGCUUGGACUCAACAAAUUCGCAGAUUUGUCUCUUGAAGAGUAUCGGUUACUCUACACUAUGCCUAAAAAGAUCAACUCUAAGCGUAAGCUCAACAAUGUCAAGAGUGAUCGUUACUUUGUUCGUUCAGGCGAUGUCCUGCCAGAUUCCAUUGACUGGAGGACCAAAGGUGCCAUUGGAGCCGUCAAAGAUCAAGGAAGAUGCGGGUGUUGUUGGGCAUUCUCAAGUGUUGGAGCAGUGGAAGCUAUAAACCAGAUAGUUACAAGUGACCUAAUCACAUUAUCAGAACAAGAAUUAGUAGAUUGUGAUACAUCUUACAGUCAAGGAUGCAACGGAGGCUACACGAAUGAUGCUUUUGAAUUCAUCGUUAGGAAUGGCGGUAUUGAUUCCGACAUAGACUACCCUUACAUCGGGAUGGAUGGAAUAUGCAACAAUAAUAAGAAAAGCAAAAAGCGUGGUUCGAUUGAUGGUUAUGAACAUGUUCCAAUGAACAAUGAGUCAGCAUUGCAAAUAGCUGUUGUAAACCAGCCUGUUUCUGUUUCUAUUGAUUCUAAUAGCCGGGAUUUCCAGCUCUAUGCCUCGGGUAUCUACAACGGUUCAUGUGGAAUAGAGUUGGACCAUGCUGUAGUCUUGGGUGGAUACGGGACCGAAGAUGGCAAGGAGUAUUGGAUUGUAAGAAACUCAUGGGGUGUAGAAUGGGGUGAACAAGGCUACAUAAGAAUGGAACGAAACAUAAAAGACGAAGAGGGUCAAUGUGGAAUUGCAAUGCACGCAUUGUACCCGAUCAAGAACGGUUACUCCAUCAAGAAUGGUUUGAACUUACCUAAAGAGGCGACCGUCUUUGUUCCUUUCUUGUUUCUUUUCUUGUUGGAGGUUUCCUUGUCAUUCAUCUAGCAUUUCUCAUAUCUUAAUUUGCCAAAUUAUAUAUGUUUUAGAUGUUAGACCUCAAUUCUAAAACAAAUUUUCAUUUCCUUC